UCAGCCAGUCACAGACCGCCAGCCAGUCGCGUUGCAGGCACCGAAACGAGCGGUCGGCAGUGAAAGCGAGACAGAGACAGUGAGAGAGACCUCCCCGCGUGUCGCGUUCGUGCGUGCGUGUGUGUGUGUGUGUGCAGCAAGCAGUCCGAGGCGUGUCUUGGAUUUCCCCGCCACAGCAGCGAAGCAGUGCGAAGCAGUGCGAAGCAGCCCAGCAUGCCGAUGGGGGACGUCUCGCUGGCCCUGCCAGGCGCCAGGCCGGGCGCCUACCUGCAGGACGUCAAGAUGUGCGGCACCGAGGCAAAGAGCGGCUCGCUCAUCCUCGUGGGCCCCGGCAAGCACGCGCAGCCCGUGCAGGUGAAGGUGUACCGCACGUCGCUGGAGCACUUCGCCGUGGUGUACCCCCAGAAGAAGGUGUGCCGGCCACUCGGCUUCGUGAACCUGCGCCACACGGAGGUGUCGCGGCUGCCGGGCCUGGGCGACAAGCUCGGCGACAAGCUCGGCGACAAGGGCAAGGGCGAGGCCAAGGCCCUGCACGUCCACGGCAAGGCCAUGCGCCCGGCCGCGGCCUCGCUGCCCCGUCAGUACCAGCACCACGCGGGCCUCGUGGUGCGCAGCCGGCAGUGCGACUCACCGCACACGCUCACCUUCCUCACGGACUCGCCCAAGGAGCUGGAGUCGUGGCUCUCCGCCUUCGACACCGCCAGGACGGCCACCGUCGCCGAGGCCCUGCGCGCGCAGCCCAUCCUGGAGGAGGGCGACGAGUUCUAGGCGGCCGGCACGGCGAGCAUCAUGCGAAAUCAGUUUUACAGCGCAUCCCGCGAGGUGCAUGUGUCUGUCUCGUUUUACGGCCGCAAUGAAACGCAUGCCAUGUGUAAAUCUCGACGUGUGCGUCGUUCCCGUGUCGGGUCACCAAGGGCAGGCAGCUCGACUCCACCAGGACGUUGCCGUCGAGUCCUUUGGAACGAAAGCGUCAGGGCGGUUGUGCCAGCAGUGCUUGUGUGCGGUCUUUGGAGAUGCUGUGAGGGGUCCGUUCAGAGUCUGAAUUGCGGUCAAAAUGAUGUCAAUUUGUUCAAGUUGGAACCAAACUGAUGCCAAUUUGACGCGGAUUUUUCGCAUCACGAACGAACUUUGCACUUAUUUGGAAUGCCCUUCUGCAGUUUCAACCGAAAGCAGGACUUCCCUCCUUGAUUUCCAGUGGUUGGAUGCCGUCAGAUCAAACGCUUGUAAGCGUCAAUUUUGUUCCGCACCCUUCUAAGUGAAGAGUCGCUUUCUUAAUAUGAGCUACAGUACCAAAGCAAUCUUUUCGUCGUCGGUAUAGUAAGCACAAAUUGUUUGUGUUUCAUUCAGUAGAAUUUUUGGAUCAGGCGUUUGCAGUAUCUUCACCUUCUCUUUCUCGCAUACCGUUUUAUCAUUUCACAAUUAUAAUAUUAUAAUUUAGUUAAGUUUUUAUGAUCUUCCUAAGAUGAGCAGUGGAUUAUUUUUAAUCGGAUGAGUGUAGUUAGUCUGUGAUAUGAGCGCGUUGCACGUGCGAACCAAAGUGAUACAAUAUUUGAAUUGUUUUUACUGCGCCUACCUAGGUGCUGGUUAUUUAUAUUCUAGACUGUAAGUUUUGUGCUGUUGCUGUUUGGUUUUUGUUUGUUUGUGUGUUUUGUAUCUUUGCGUCCAACGUAUUGUAUUAAAGUAGUGAAUAGCUGUAUUUUCUUGUGUACAACUUAAUACUUUUUCGAACAAUAAAAAAUAAACUUAACGUUUU